AUGAAGACAUCUCGACUGUAUUGUGUGUAUUCAGGGGCAGCAUUACACGUUUCAUUAUAAAUGAUUAAUGUGCCUCACAGCUUUUAGUGAGCGGAGUUUUAUGUAAAUGUGCAGUAGGGAGGCGCUACAUAUGGGAUAAUUCUCAUACUGAGAUCUCGUGUUCAAACUCAGAUAUGUGAAAGGAAGGAAACGUCUUCUGUUACUGUGACGGAUCGACUGAAGACGGACAGAUAAGGAAAGACCAAUGCAAGAAUGGCUCUACAUAAUAUAUCAUCCCCAAUAUUUAAUAAACCAGAGACAAACGAACCUUGCGCCUCAAUCGAUGACUUCCGAAACCAAGUCUAUUCCACAGUGUACUCUAUCAUCACCAUCUUUGGGCUGAUGGGCAAUGGCUUUGCACUGUACGUGCUCCUUCGUACCUACCGCCAGACCUCAGCCUUCCACAUCUACAUGCUCAACUUGGCUGUGUCAGACCUGCUAUGCGUCAGUACACUGCCCCUGCGGGUGCUCUACUAUGUCAACAAAGGGCAGUGGAACCUGGGCGAUUUUCUCUGCCGGCUGAGUUCUUACGCUCUGUACGUGAACCUUUACUGCAGUGUUUUCUUUAUGAUGGCCAUGAGUUUUACUCGCUUUCUGGCCAUCGUGUUCCCGGUGCAGAACCUGAGGCUAGCCACUGAGAAAAAGGCAUGGAUAGUUUGCAUGUGCAUUUGGGUCUUCAUUUGCUCCACCAGUUCACCCUUCCUCCUCUCCGGCGAGCAUACAGAUCCAAAGACUAACAAAACCAAGUGUUUUGAACCACCAGAAAGGGCAGGCAGCCUAAACAAGCUAAUCAUGCUGAAUUACUUUUCUCUGGUUGUGGGCUUCAUUAUUCCCUUCUUGGUUAUCUUACUGUGCUACGCCGGCAUCUUGCGCACUUUACUUCGAAACACUAAUGGUGUAAAUAAACAGCGUUACACACGCAACAAGGCCAUUCGAAUGAUUGUUGUGGUGAUGUUGGCUUUCCUGGUCAGUUUUAUGCCAUAUCACAUUCAACGCACGCUGCAUCUGCACUUUAAAAGCCGCAACGAUACCACCUGCACAGAGGUUAUCUAUAUGCAGAAGUCUGUGGUGAUCACCCUCUGCCUGGCCGCUGCCAACUCGUGUUUUGACCCGAUGCUGUAUUUUUUCUCUGGAGAGAACUUUAGACACCGCCUGUCUACCUUCCGCAGGAUCUCUGUAAAUGUUGGUGGUACCCACCACAGCCGCCAUGCUCUCCGAAGCUCCCCGCCUGUGGAGGAGAGUGAACUGCAGGGCUGUAAUGGCUCAAGCAAACAUGGGUAGGCAAAUAAAAAUUAUGAUUCUUUUAAUGAAGAAGCUGAUUUCAGAGAAAUUGUACUAUAUGGGUGAAUGUCACGAAAGCUGUCAAGAAGUGUCCAGGUAACAUUUCACCCACAAACAAAAACAAAAACAAUACAAAGACAAUGUAGUCUACUAAAGCAUUGUUUCAUUAUUUCCAGUAAAAUUAAGAGUAAUGAGAAUGAGACUCAGUAUAUUGCAUUUCAGUCAUUUAAAAAAUCUUAAGGGUCCUAAUAAUAUACUCCUUUAUGCUAAAUAAAAUAUUUUUGUGAUACAAUGUGACCUUGGAUACCUCUUUGUGAAAUUCACCCACAUGUAAGCAGGAUGUACUUGAGACAUAAACAAAUAGAUAAAAGAGGAGAGAUUCUACUUUCUGAAGUUUUUUUAAAUUAUUAUUAUUAUUUCUGUGUAUUUGUUAACAAAAGUACAGACUGAUAAACUGUUCUGUAUAUCUUGCAUGACUUCGCUUACAAACAAUAAAAUAUAUACAGUUUGGAUAUGUAACACUCAACACAUUAUUCAGAUUUUCAUAUUGUCCAUGUUUGUCAUAUAUUGUGCAUUUUCAUUGAUAUAUUUUACAGUAGGUGUCCCUAGAUUAACAAUGAAUGGUUAAAAGGCUUAUAGGUACCAGUACUUACUGUGAAACAGGCUCCAUUCUACUGUAGUACAAUAUUUAUUCAGUACAAUAUAUUCUUAUGACACUCUUAUGAGUCUGUCAGAAGUGACAAAAAAAAAUAUAUAUAUAUAUAUAUAUAUAUACUAAUUAUAUACAGAGUGACAAUAUAAUGAUCUGUUUGUAGCUAUAUUCAGUGCGACAUGCAAAGUGUAUAACAUCCAUCUUGCUUAAGAACUCACAGUGAUAGUAAAUUAACACAAUUGUGUAUUAACACAAUAACUUCAAUGCUGUUUAUUUGUACAUUGGUUGCAUUUUGGGACCUAUCGAUGUAAAUACAUACUUUAACUUGUUGAAAGUACUGUCUUAUGACAGUCCAUUGAAAAUGGAAUUACAAAACUGCUUGUCAUAUAGUGACCAUAUACUGACAGUAGUGUGGUUUUGUAUUCUGUGGUCUACUUAAUAAAGAAAUUUGAUUUAAAUAACUGAUUUUUUACGGUACAAGAAAAAUGUGUAAAUAAAGUGUCUAGUUAUUUUCUGUAUUGACACUUUGGUAUCUCUCACCAACUAAAAAAUGGCUUUUAAAAAAUUUUAGUCUCUUGACUAGUAUGGCAACUUUGCUUUUAUUUUGUUGUUGGAGAACAAUUGCAUAUACAAGGCACAAAUAUACUGAACAUGCAAUGGUAAGUGAGAUGAAAUAAAAUAUGGUAAUUUAUGCUGUAAAUAAUUUAUGGAAUGUAUUGAAGUUGAAUUUGUAAGCAAGCACAAUAAAGUUCUUUAAAAAUUUUGUAAAUUGCAUAAAAAAAUAUGACCACAAUACAAAAAACUAAUUUAUUUUGACUUUUUUGCUGAAAUGUACUGAAAAUUCAUGCAUUCAGUUUAUUCCUGAUUGUUAUUGUUUUAGUUUCUUGGCUGAUAUCAACAUUUUGCUUCUUAUUUAUACAAAGCUCUACAGUUAAAUUCACCUGCUGCAUCUUUUGCGGGUGCUUCAUACAGUAUCUGAUGCACAUUUUAAUGUAUAACCUUAUAAGAAAGGUAUUCAAAAAUAUGAAAUAUAGGCUACAAUUAUGUAGGGCAAAUGUAUUGUUUUAAUAUAUGAAUUGUUAAUUUCACUGCAAAGAGCAUUUGUGACUGCUUGACUCAUUUCAUAAAUAAAAACGUUUGGCUAA